CCCAGUAGGAUUGGAAGCCAAGUCGAACAGGGCCUCAGAACAAGGGGAAUUCGGCAUGAUGAAUCCUCCCAGCCAGGGUGAGGGGAGGGGCCCCGGACCCACAGUGGGGCCACAAGACCCAGCAGAGUUCCCAAAGUUUUCCAGAAGGCGGCGAUGCUGUGGGCAGAGAGUGCAGCUGGCGCUGUUGGGGCUGGCGACCGUCCUGCUGUGGGCCGGGCUGCUGGCCCUGCUUCUCUUCUGGCACUGGGACACCGUGCAGAAUCUGAGACAGCUAGAAGUAACCGCUGCUCGGAAUGUCUCUCAGGUUUCCAAGGACUUGGAAAGACACAACGGUGACCAGAUGGCUCAGAAAUCCCAGGCUGCCCAGGUAUCACAGAACAUGGAGGAAAUCCGAGCUGAACAGAAGAGAAUGAAAGCUCAGGACUCUGAGCUCUCCCGGAACCUGGACGGACUUCGUUUGGACCUGAGCAACCUCAAGUCCUUGAGCUUGAACGAGAGACACACAGCCCUACGUUCGUUGGAAAGACUCCAGCAGGAGGUGCUGAAGCUGUGGAUAGAGCUACAUGUGUCCAACGCCCGGACCCCAGGGGUGACUCCAGGAGAGACGCUGCCACCCACUCUGCCUAUCAUACCCACCGUGCCGGCCAUGGCGCCAGCCACAACACUCACCACAGUGCCAGCCACGACGCCCACCACAGUGCCAGCCACGGCGCCCACCAUGGUGCCAGCCACGAUGCCCACCACGGUGCCAGCCACAGCGCCCACCACGGUGCCAGCCACGGCAUCCACCACAGUGCCUGUCAUGGCGACCACCACGGCAUCCGCCACGGUGCCCGUCAUGGCGCCCGCCACAGCAUCCACCACGGUGCCCACCACAGCUGCCCCCCUGAGCCUCUCCUCCACCCCAGGCUCCACCUGUAACACGUGCCCCGAGAAGUGGGUCAGCUUCCAGAGGAAGUGCUACUACUUCGGUGAGGACCCCAAGAGGUGGAUCCAGGCCCGGUUUGCGUGCAGCAAACUGCAAGGGCAGCUGGUCAGCAUCCACAGCCAAGAGGAGCAGGCCUGUCCUUCUCCCCAGGACUUCCUGGCCAGACAUGCCAACAGGAAGGGCACCUGGAUUGGCCUUCGGGACCUGGACAGGGAGGGGGAGUUUAUAUGGAUGGACAAGGAACCCCUGAACUAUAGCAACUGGCGGCCGGGGGAACCCAACAACGGGGGCCAGGGCGAGGACUGUGUGAUGAUGCAGGGCUCCGGGCAGUGGAAUGAUGCCUUCUGCGGCAGCCGGCUGGACGGCUGGGUGUGCGACCGGCUGGCCACGUGCUGAUCGCCCACCCACCCCCGCGGCCCCCCUGGGGCUCACCGGGACGUGCUCUAAGACCCAGACCCUGACAGUCCCCGGCCCACCUGUCCGGUGCACCCCCUGCGUCGCUUCCCCACCUCAGACACAGGAACAGCCAGGCCCACGGAGAGGCUCUGAGGACCCUCAACUAUUUGUGGCUAAGGUCCCGGCCCCAUUUUCUCCCAUCCAAACAGAAGAAGGCCUGUUGACCCAUCCCCGGCUCCUGCCAACUCCCCAGACGGCCUGUCCCUUGCUCCUCAGCUGGCCGUCACCACGUCCCUGUCUUCAAGCGCUCAGAGUACUCGCCUCAGAACUUUCCGGGGAGCAGAGGCGGAUGCCUCGGGCUCCUGUGUGCUUCCCCUGUCGGGUCCCCCCACCGUCUGCUGGAGUUAGGAGUAGACCACGUCCCCAGCCCACCCCUGGCCACCCCAGAUGUAGCCCCCGUGUCCUAGCCCCCCAGGGAGAAGACCCCUGGCUCAGGCAGCCAGGCUCCCCACCUAGCCCACGUCAGUAAAACGGGGUGAGGACGGCCCCUUCCCAGGGGCCUCGCUGGCUCCGGUCUCCCAAUGUGGGAGCUGGGAGUUCCAGAACCCACGGCCUGAGGCCACCUUGGGGUGUACAGAGCAACUGAAAUGGCAUUUGCACCUCCCCACUUCCCAGCCCCCCGCACCCCCACUCCUACUUCAUUACAAGAAGCAUUUACUAGACAGGGCUGGAGAUGAAGAUUCCCGUGUCCAAAGCAGCAGAGAACACCCCUAGAAUAUUGUAGGGCAGGGCAGGGGAGAGCCUGAGCUUAACCGCCAGCCCGGCCUGCAGGCAGGAGGGCAGGAGUGCACACAUGAGAUGCAGGAUGGGCCUGGUGCGCAGAAGGCACUCGGGAGAUGCGGACAGGCCCACAGGUGGCCUGGUCACCUGGUCCAAAGGUGCUGGCCCCACCCCGACGCGGGUUUUGGGAGGCGUACAUGGCACCAGCCCCAGGUCUGGCCAGGUCAGUCCCUGCACCCGAGGCUGAGGAGGGAGGCAGGCCAGGACCCCGGGACACCCUGUGUUACACUCCCCGCCCGCUCACCUGACCCCCAACUCCUGGCCUAGAACAGGAAGAACCAGACUGCUCCUGGGAUUCUCGGGCCCCCUAGAGGGGAAUCCAUGAGGAGAGGCCCGCGCUGGACCACCUGGGACCUGGCAGUCGAGGGCCAGGCCGAAGGGGUUGGGGAGGGCACUAGGGUGGCCUUCCGGGGGGUCCUGGGGCCAGGAAGGGGCAGGGGUAGAGCUAGGCCUAGGUUACCUGUUGUCUACCCACUGCUCACCCGAUUUCUGCCUCCUCCAGACGCCCCCUUGGAACUCCAGGCUAGUGUAUAACUGCCUACCUGAGCUCUCCGAAGGGGACUCCCAGCCCCUCUGCCACUCAGGCCAACGAUGAGGUCACACUCGGCACCUGUCACCCUCACUGCUCCCUCCGAAUCCUCAGGGAAAGCCAUGUGCAGAAUCUGCCCUCUUCCCACCACCUCCAGCAACCGCUUUGGUGGGCCCCCAUCCUAGCUUGCCUCAAUCUCCUUCUUCACUGCCUCACACCUUCCAGAAGUUUCCUUCUGGAUCUGAGGGGGGAAAAAAGAAAAGAAAA